CAAUGUCAACCUCCAAAUCUAUCAUCGAUGAAACCUAUAUCAAUGUUCAUCUGAAAGGAGGCAAUCUUCAUUCGGAAUUACUGCACAUAGAGGCCUCUUUCAACAAAGGUAUUUAUGCGAUUUAAUUAAGGAUAAUUUAAGGGGUAAUCAAUUCCAUUGAGAUGUCAAUGGUUCAACAUCACCAAAGAUUAGGACUUUGUGGAAAUAGAGGAUGUAUCGGGACAAUUCUAUCAACCCUGUAUUUUAGACAUUGAUACUAAGUAAAUUCUGCAAUAAUCCUUUAAGAAUUAUGGUUCAAGCAAUCCCCAUUUUGGACUUUGAAUAUAAUGGCAUGCCUUUAGUGGCUGAAACCAAUUUCUUGCAAGCGGAUUCUAAAAUCUUCGAUUUAGUAGAUUAUCACAUCAACAUUAGGUUAACCAAGCAUUCAAUGAGGGAGAGAUGUAAUUGAAUUGUAAAUUGGAAAAUAUCCAACCUCAAGAUAACCAAUCCUUUACAGAUCUUAACUUACCUUAGAUAUGCACUUUGAUUGCCAAUGAUCAAGGAUUGAUGUUUAAGACUGAUUAAAAUAAGGUUUUGUUGAAUAUCGAAAAGUACUAACUCAAGAUUAUUAAGAAAAAUAACAAUUAGAUUGAAAUCUUCAAUUAAAAUAUUAAACUAUUAGCAGCAUUAACAAAUAACAUCGUUCGAGAUGCCAUUUUUCAAUUUAGCAAAACAUUAAAAUCAAAAAAAGCUCAUCUAAGUGACACAGCCUAAUUAUAUGUAACACUCUCCGAUUAUGAAUAAAAGUUGACUUAAAAGGACAAUGAAAUCUCAUAACUAAAGGAAAUCAAACAGAAACUGACCAAAAAUCUCAAUGAACUUUAAUCAUAGUGCAAUUUAAAUAUCAAAAAAAUCGAAUCAAAUGAUAAAUAAUUAGCAUAAUAGAAUUUACAAAUGUAAAAUAAGGAUAAAGAAAUAUAGAAUUUAAAAUAAUAGAUCGAUAAGUUGGAUGGAAAAACAUAAAUUUUUAUAUAAGAAAUAAAGGUGUUGAAGAGUUAAGUAAUCUUAUUAGAAAGCACAAAUAAAAAGUUCUAACUAGAAAUAGAUGAGUUGAAGAAGAAUCAGCACUAAAAUUAAGAUGAAAUACGCGAAAUGUUUUACAAAGAAAAGCUCGACAGCUUAAAAUAACAAAAUGAUGUAUAAUUAUAUCUAUUUAGAGAAAUGCACAAAAGAAAACCAAUAAUGGCAACUCAUCAAUGAUUAGUUAAUGAAAGAAAUAAAAAAACUAGAAAGCAACAACACGCUUAUUCUAGAAGAGAAAGAACUAAUUUAAAAUGAAUUGAAUAGUCUCAAAAAGAAAUAUGAGAGUCUAUUAUAAGAAAUUGAACUUAACUAGAAGAAAGAGAAAUCGGAUAUCUCUUCUGAAGUAAUGAUUUCAUUAUAGACCCUAGAGUGAUGCUCAGUCUAAUAAAUAAUCUGAAAUCAUUAUAUGCAAUUCGAUUGUUCAAAAUAACAACAAUGGUUCUUAGGAUGAAAUAAAAAGGUUGAAAACUACUAUUAAUAACUUGGAAGCUACUAUUAAGAAGUAAGAAAGGUGAUAAAUUUUAGUUUGAAAUGUGAUUAUGAAUAGGAUAUGCUUAAGUUAACUAAUAAAAACAUUUUAAAGAGCAAUACUUCUCAAGAAAUAUAGAUGUUGUAGAAAUUAGUAAGAAUGAUCAAUAAUAUUAGGCUAAUUCUUUGGCUGAAAGUCUAUCGGAUAAAGAAUAAGCUCUAUAAACUUAGAGAAAUAUUAAUCGAGAACUACUGAAUAAACUAUCUGAAUGCGCAAAGUGAUUUGAGGGGGGAAUAUACGCAUUGAUUAAUAUUUAUUAU